UUGCACUGAAUGGUCUGUAAUCUGUAGUUAAAAUACAUAAUACCAGAAGUCAAAAUUAAGAUUUUCUUAUUUUUUAUCAAAUUUGCGUAAAUAAUUUCGUUGUGCGCUAUUUAUAUUUUAGAAAUGAAACAUGUUUCGCGUAAUGAAAACAACUUUCCUGUACAUCCUGAUGGUUGUGGCUUCAGUUUCAUGCAGAAUACACAAACUGCUUCUUACGGAUGAUCAACGGAAGUAUGUGGACAUCACGACUUUCGGAUUCCUUGAGCGUGGUAUCCUAGAAGUCAAUUUAGUUAACUUUAUGAUGCCUUCAGGACCUUUCGGGGAGUACGGCUUCACAUUGGACCGAACAAUAAAUGACGCGAUUAGUCCGUAUUUAGCUCAAGGAAAUUCCAAUUCAUGUUUUCUGAAAGAAAAUGUAAUUACUCCACAACACCCAGCCAUAGUUUUCCUUAAAAUGGAUUUCGAAAACUUAAGGUUAAACGUUACAUGCCGAGCGGCAAGCCAGCAUAUAUAUAGAAACAAAAGCGUCAUUCCAAGAGUUUUCCCUAAUGAUGCAGAAGAAAAAUGUUCAUAUGAUUUGCUACCUAUUCAAAGGGAAACCAGAAAUCAAAUAGACUACUAUAAUACAAGUUUUGCUCUGUACAUAACCUCUAAGAAGGAAGAAGGUCUGUACAACUUGUACUUCAAUAACUGUCCCUAUAAAGGCGAAGGGAACCCGACACCUGUUAAUGCAAUAAUUGAAAUCUUCGAGAGCAACGAAGGAAACUACCUGUCCGCUGGUGAGAUCCCGCUGCCUCUAUUAUAUGCAGUGACGUCAUCGAUAUUCUUGUUCUGCGCUAUAUUGUGGACGUACAUUCUGAAGACGAGCAGACAGACCGUGUUCCGCAUACACAUAAUAAUGUGCAUCCUGGUGUAUCUGAAGGCAGCCUCGCUUGCCUUCCACGGGAUAAACUAUCACUUCAUACAGAUAAGGGGCGAGCACGUGACGGCCUGGGCGAUAUUGUAUUAUAUCACCCAUCUGCUUAAAGGGGCAGUUCUGUUCGUGACUAUAGUUCUUGUCGGCACCGGAUGGAAUUUCAUCAAGCAUAUACUGUCCGAUCGCGAUAAGAAACUGUUCAUGAUUGUUAUACCAUUGCAGGUGCUAGCUAAUGUUGCAGAGAUAAUAUUAGCGGAAAGCGAGGAAGGCGCAGUCGAACACAACGCCUGGCGCGAUAUCUUUAUAGUUGUCGAGCUAGUUUGUUGCGUCGCUAUUGUUUUCCCUGUUGUCUGGUCGAUACGACAUUUACAAGACGCAUCGACGACUGACGGCAAAGCGGCCAUCAAUCUUCGCAAACUGAAACUAUUCCAGCAUUUCUACGUGAUGGUCGCCUGUUACAUAUACUUUACGAGGAUUGUGGUCUUCAUAUUGAAGAAAACAGUGCGGUUCCAAUACUCGUGGAUGGACGAGAUGUUCCGCGAGCUGGCCACACUCGUGUUCUUCCUGAUGACAGGCUACAAGUUCAGGCCGGCGGCCGCUAACCCGUACUUCACGCCGACCCACUUCGAUGACGUCAAACCCGAAGUAUUAUCGGAUAUCGGUAUACUGGAAGGCGUGACACGAAUACCGAAUCGGGGCGAGAGAAGACGGGAAGACCUCCAGCCUUUAAUGCAGGACGCUGACUACAACUCUGAUUAAGCCUAGUUCAUAAGUAGACACUUUAUUAUUAUUAUUAAUUUAACACUAAUCAUACCAACACUUACUGGUUGGUACCUUUUGUACCAUAGCGGUUAGAUAACGUUACACGACAAAUAUUACUCAAAAUAAACAAAACAAAACAAAAAAAUUGUAUAAUAACUGUAGAUUAAUCGGUAAGUAGCGUGGGUAGGCCUCCCACAAGGUGGGCCGACGACCUAUUAAGGUUCGCGGGGAUCCGCUGGAUGCAGGCAGCGCAGGACCGGUCUUUGUGGCGAGGCUUGGGGGAGGCCUAUGUCCAGCAGUGGACGUCCAUGGGCUGAUAGAUAGAUAGAUAGAUAGAUAAUCGGUAAGAAAAAGUCAUGAAGUCAGUACAAAAGCAAUAAGAUCAUACGUGCAUUUUCAAUCCAAAAUUUCAAAAUGGGUCAUUUGACCCGUUAUGGUAUGUUUAGUGUUAAAUUUCAAACCGAUACAUUGGUCGGAUGAUGGCCAAAUUCAAUACUGCUUCCAUGGUGCGGCGUAAUUCUUAUGAGCGCGGCUUGUCAGUGUUCAUAUAAGAUUUGAAUCUUACUCGAUACUUAAUGUUAUAAUAUCUGGUGGGUAAUAUUUUUAUUUGUUAAUUUUUGCAACAUAACUAAAUUGUGUAUUAUUCACGGAGAGAGCGGGCAGUUCGUUAGGCGUAUGACGUUGAAAUCAAUAACAAAAGUAUUUUAAAUACACCUAGUUCAAUAGGAAUUAUAUAGUCAAAUUCAAAUAUUUCAUCGAGGGCCAGCUUGACUCAUCUUUUGUUUCUAAGUAAUAGCUGAGUUAUACAUUAAAAAAAAAACAAGACAUUUCCGGCGCUUAGAUUCGAAAUUCAGAGUCUAUUAGGAAAAUAUUAUUUUUCAAUUCAAUUAAAUAUGAUUGAAUCAAUUAAUAACACUAUUAUUAUAUUAAGUUUAAGAACACUUUGGGGAAUUUACAUUGUAGUUUGCUAUGUACAGUUUACCUAAAUUAAAUCUUCACAUCUGAUUUAUGUUAAUUGUAUUCAGUAUUAUACUUUCAGUAUAUAAAAAUAGUAGCUCAGUUUUUUUUUUAUGUUGUAGUGCUUGCUAUUCAAGGGCAAGAAGAAUUAAUUUUCUUCGCGAUACGUAAUAGGGUCGCAAGUAACAAUUUUUGCUACGAAUUAUAAUUAAAAUAUCUAAAACAAUGUUGUUGUUCUCCAAAAGUUGUAGUGUAGUUUCAAAAUAAUGAGGAAAACGAAUUAUAAUGAAAAAGCUUACAAAAAAAACAACGAAGCUUUUACUACUUUAAAUCUUAUAGGGCGGUAACCCUAUAUAAAUAAUUCAGCCAAUGUCAAAAGGCAACUGACUACGAGACAAUGGUAUCUAAUAUCGAAUACGGAGUCCGCUUUUCCGAAUCGAAAUCGUUGAAAUCACCUGUGGCGGGUAGCCAUCAUACAACGCAAGAUAAUUGACAGAUGCCUGAAUCUCGCUUACGACAUUUUCAAGAUAAAGCGCAUAUAUACAAGUUCCGAACAACAACAUUCGGACCAUCGGUCUACCGAGCAAUAUCACCCGCUCGGUGGAAGAUCUUCGCUUUGUCGUAUAUCUCAGCACACCCAAUAAAUGGAAAUUAAGAUUUAUUUUAACGAGGACGGUAAAAAUUAAAUGUUAUAUAUCGGCGAAUGGAAGCUUGAACUAAGACGAAUAAGACCUUUUUCUCGUAAAGAACAAGGACUUGGAAAAAACUGUCACCUACAUUGUAGUGAUGAUCGUAUAAUAAAAUCAGUUCCAAAAUACAUUCAAAAGACAGACUUUGAAUUGAAACGAAAGCUAAUAGCGCCCUUUAGAAGGAAAACUUUAAGAUAAAGUCGACGGAAAUAGGGACUUAUAAAAAGAGGUACAAUUCAAAAGUAUGAUUCGACAUUAUUGUAUAAUUAAACAGACUUUUUUCUUAAGUAAAUGUGCUCAAAAGCGCUUUUAGUUAAAGAUUCGGGGAAGCCAAAUUAGUCCAGUUUUCUUGACAGCAUAAACUCGAUUCACGAUAGGUGUUUGUGGUAACAGUAACUCUGUUUUGAGAUAGUUUUUUGUUCGUUGAUAAAAUUUUAAAUGUUGAGCUGAUACUGCGACCCACGCCGAGUAAAUAACGUUUAGUAAAAAUAUCAUUAGCUUUAGAAGAACAAAGCCAGAUACAGGGUGUUCCAUAAAUUAAUCAUAAGAUGGCAACAGAUUGCUCGAACACUGUCUUCUUAUUUAUUUUUUGGCUCCAGCACGGUUUGUGCAUUAGCCAUCGUCAAGUAAUAAGAUUUUUAUAAUUCGCCGUUUUAAUUAUUUCCAGUAGGUAUAUGAAUAAUAAAAAACGAAGGAAACUUAAUCAAUUGGCAUGAAAUUAAAUGAAAUGAGAUGAGAUGAUAUAUGGAUGAAGUAUAAUCUCAGUAAAAUGACGGUCGUUUACUGAGACUUUUUCAGUGGAUUUUUUGAAGGAACCCGAGAAGUUACCACCUGGUGUUAAGUAGUUACUGGAGCCCAUAGAAAUCUACAACGUAAAUGUGCCACCCAUUUUGAGAUAUAAGUUCUAAGGUAUCAGUAGGUAUAGUUACAACGGCUGCCCCACCCUUCAAACCGAAACGUAUUACUGCUUCACGGCAGAAAUACGCAGGGCGUUGGUACCUACCCGUGCGGUGUCACCCUUUAGGCCACCCACGACUUUUUAAUUUUACUGUAUAAGAUUUAACGAGAUAUUUCUCGAAACCGAAACGAUAGCUUGUAUUACCUUGGAGCUCGAUUGAAAAACGUCGUUACUUAACUAAAAAAUAACGAAAUCUGAAAUGUUGUUUUUAUUAAAGUAACGUUUUUCAUGCCUACUAAAUGAUGACGUCAUCUGUCUUUCUAUCUCGCUCUCUCGAGAACGUAGCAUUUUUUGAUUAUUAUUAAUUCGUUGAUUGCGUGGAAUGCAAAAUGCAUUAAUGAAAUAUGUAUAUUAUUUAUUAUACACACGGAUUUUUAGUUCUAGCCUGCUAGAAAUCGCUACAACAAACGCCAAUGGUCAUAGUUUACGGGAAUGAUUUCAAUACAGCUUGUAUAUUAAUGGGCUUUUUGUUAAUAAGUGCCACAACAAGACAUCUCUUUUCGAAUCAAGUCGAAUUUCUCAUUAUUGCCAGCUUUUUCAAGAAGUUAUUAUAAAUUAGGCAGUAAAGUUGGUCAGUCCCUUAAUUAAUGUUGUCAACAACUUCAGGGAACAAUUUCGGGUUUACUAAGUUAUUUCACGUCGUAGUCCGAAAAUCUGUUAUGACAACGACCAAUUCAAUACGCAAAUUUCAUAACAAAAAUACUUAUUCAGCUAUUUUAAUGGGGUUAACUUAAUUGAAAUUCAAUUAAAACAAAUAAUUUAAUUGCAAAGUUAAAUGUCGCUUAAACCAAAUAGCUUUCUCAACACUCGAAUUCAAGUUUUUUUUUUUUGUAAAUUAAAGUAAACUUUAGUCACGUUUUCUUCUUAUAGUCGGUUAGUAAUUGACAAUGAAUAAUAAGUACGAAAACAAAUAAUAAAUCAGCUAAACCGACAACGUUUAUUGAAACGUUUCAGAAACAAUACAGCGUUUCGUUUUACACAAUGUGCUAAUUGUCCAUAGCCCACGUAAAACGAGUGCUUUCGUGUAUGCUCGAAUAUUAAAUAUAUACACAGUUCAGUUGCGAUUGAAGUCGGUUCACAACCACCUCAGACUGUUCGAACACGUCAUUUCGGAUCCUCCCGAUCCACUAACGGUGCUUUUAGGUACUUCAAGCACCGGUCAUCGUUCUCGUCGAACCCGUCGCUUGCGACGAAGGGCUCGAGUAAAUUAACCCUCAGACACAGUCCACAGUGUUGAUCCGAUGGUAGAUUCUGCGAAGCACGGCUCUUGCUAGGGUUCGUGUUAGCAACGUCGUCAGGUUUGAGCCCUGUGAGCUCAUCUGCUAGCGGGGGAAUCUAGAAUAACCCUUCGAAGUUACUAGAAUAGUUAGGAAAAAACAAUUUCGAACGCUGUAUACUAAUCUCCUCAUAUUGUUCAUUCAAAUUAUCCUAAUAGUAUUGAAAUUGAUAAAAAAAUCGUUUAUAAUCCUACCAACCAACAAAAUGAAACUUUAAUUAUUUUCAGUCUAUCGUCGUAUUUAUGUUCACGAAUCAAUAAUAACGAAGACAAUUAAUUUUCUUUUUGUUUGUUUUUGAGAGUAAUCCGCAAGGUUUCUUAUAAAGACGAACGAGGCUUUGAGAUUGCCCGAGUUUACUUAAUGAACGAUUUAGAAAAGUACUUGAUGUGACGUUGUCGUGUUAUAUAUGAAAUGUGAUCUUGAGAAUGUAAUAUAAAAUAAAUAAAUAAUAAUACACUCCUUUUCCUUCCUUCCUUACUCUAAGCUAUUUCUUUACUUAGAUGUUACGUACGUAGGUAGUUUAAAUUAAGUACCAUAAAAUAUUUUUGAUUACUUAUUGAGAAUUUAUAUGUCAGUGCUUUGCACUCGAUACGUAGACGGCAGGAUGGCAGUUCGUUACAUUAAAUUAAUUACGGCUAGAUUUUUGUAAUUAGAUUUGUGUAUUUAGUCUUGUUUUCCCUUUCAUAAUAGUAAUAAGAUUUAAAUAAAUAGUAAUACUGUUUUCAUAGGUUAUAAUCUCCAAACGUUUUUUUUUAAUAUAUUGUCACUUAACUUUUCGAAUCAAGUAGAUCAAAAUUCGCGAAAUAGUAUUAAACAGAUUUAUUACUAGUUAAUAGAAAUAUAUUUUGUUACAUAAAUAUCGAAAAUUAGCGUAUUAAUAAUAAAACGUUUAAAAAAUAUAAGAUUUUGUAUCAAAAUGGAGAAACAAACGUAUGGCGUUUUGUUAAUUGAGUAACCCUGAAGGCGAUUUGAAUACCAAUAAAGAUGCAGUUUAAAAAAAAAAGUUUCCAAAUCGAAAAAGGUUACUCAAUUUCCAAAGGUUAUACGAAAAUAGUUUGAAUUUCUUUUUCUUUUUUUAAAUAAUAAAACCGCAUUCUUGUGUUUUAAUUGUUUAUUGUUAUUCAGGUUGUGAUUUGUACAUUUGGGAAUCGCGGUAUUAAAAAUCUGUGUUUACUGAAAGCGUGCUGCACUCGAUACGGUGACCUCGGUUCAUCGGUUACGUCAUUCAGCAUGUAAAGCGAAACUUCAAUGUGAACGUUUUAAUUCGCGUGCGUAGUGAGCGACCUCUGUGAACGCAUUGUAAGCCAAGGAUUUAAAACAAAUCGUCAGACGCGGGGGAUGCUAAGCGAUGCGAUCAAUCCAUAUUUGAAAUUGUACUUUUUUUUAUUUUGAAGUAAUUUUACGCAUCGGUUUUUGAGUUUAGUUCAAUCCGUAAAAUUAUUUCUUGUAAAUUUAUUUUUUUAUUGGUAUCGUGUCAUCGUUCGAAACGAAAGAUUCAAGACGAAUCAUAUGAUUACGUAACUCAAAGCAAUAUUUAAACAGGAAUAAUACGUGUUUACAACGAUAAUAGAUAUUUAUAUUAACAAAUAAUAGAUUAAAUAUUUAAAAUAAAAUUAAUAUUUACUAUUAUAUUCACUAGGCACGUCCUCGCAACACCAUAAUUUUUUUAGAAACCUAUUACUACUAAUAAUGAUGUACCUACCGCUAGAAAGUGAGAAUACCAAAUGUUUACGUAUAUUUAUAGCGUUUUAAUAAAAUCUAUUCCAAUUGAA